ACGAGUGUGACCACGCAGCGGUCAGUUACUACCCGAUCCCCCGCUGCCCGUCACAGGUCUUCCUCGCCGCAGCCUCGCGGCGGCGCGCCGGCGCUCCUUCGCUGACGUCGCGUCCCGCGUCGCCGAACGCCCUCCACCCCGAACGAGCUUAGCCUUAGAUGUGCCGCACCAAAGCCCGCGUCGAGCCGCGUGCCCAAGCACUGGAACAAACCCUAACUCCUACCCCCGCAUCCAAGAUGGUCGCCCAACGGCAACGCUCCAGUUCAUGUAGCAGCCGCCGCCACCUCGCCGGCUCUCUCAUGUUCCUCGCGACGACCGCCUUCGCGCUCCUCCUCCUCCCCCGCUCGUCGCCCCUCAGCUAUGACAUCGUUAUUGACGCCGGCAGCACGGGGAGCCGCGUCCACGUCAUCACCUACCACGCGGGUGCGCUCCCGCAGCUGGAUUGGUCGCGCACGUCGUCACUGAAGGCCACCCCUGGUUUGUCCUCGUUCGCAGCCGACCCAGGCAGCGGGGGCCUGUCGAUCGCCCCGCUGUUGGAGUUCGCAAGGCGGCAUGUGCCGCGGGAUAAUUGGGUUCACACCGAGGUGCGACUCAUGGCCACGGCCGGAGUCCGUCUGCUUGAUGUCACGACUGCUGAAGCGGUCAUGGAGUCAUGCAGGGAGCUGCUUCGGGAGUCAGGCUUCCGUUUCCAGGAUCAGUGGGCCACUAUGAUCUCAGGAGCUGAUGAAGGGAUUUAUGCAUGGGUUGCGGCAAAUUAUGCAUUGGGUACUCUCGGUGGUGCUAGACAAGAUACUACUGGGAUAAUUGAGCUUGGUGGGGCUUCUAUUCAGAUAACGUUCGCCACCGAUAAACCUAUGCCUCCGGAGUUCUCCCACGUGUUCAAGUUCGGCGAUAUCACAUAUAACCUGUACAGCCACAGUUUUCUACAUCUUGGUCAGAAUGUAGCAUAUGAAUCACUCCAUGAUUUGCUGAGCACACCUGCCCUUAAAUCAAUGUCCACACAUUUAAUUCAUGAAGCUACAUACAGAGAUCCUUGCACCCCAAGGGGAUUUUCGCCCAUGGCGGGACCAGUUAAAGUUCCUGCUAGUGUUCUCGAGUCCAAGGCUGACUACAAACCUUUUGCUCAUGCGGUUGGUAACUUCUCUGAGUGUAGAUCUGUGGUGAGAACAUUAUUGCAGAAAGGACAAGAGGAAUGUAUAUAUCAUGAUUGUCGUCUGGGAGCAGCAUUUGUACCAGACCUGGAAGGAAAAUUCUUAGCAACCGAGAAUUUCUACCAUACCUUGAAGUUCUUUGGGCUCCGUUCGAAGUCUUUUCUUUCUGAUUUGAUGCUGGCUGGAGACCAAUUUUGCCAUGGGGAUUGGUCAUCAAACAUUAAAAGGGAGCACUGUUCUUUCAAUGAGGGGGAACUGCUCCUUUUUUGCUUCUCCUCGGCGUAUAUUGUGGCCUUACUGCAUGAUACUCUAAAAGUGCCCAUGGAUCAUAAGAACAUUGAUGUUACAAAUCAAAUUCGGGGUGUGCCAGUUGACUGGGCAUUGGGCGCUUUCAUUGUGCAAAAACUAAAUUGGAUAGAUGUGCUCCAUCCUGAAGCCGAGAAGAUCUCGCCUCAAGACAAUAUAGGACAUGGAGAGAGGCCGGCACAUGAUAACAAGGGUCAGCCGAUGAGCCUUGCGCCUGGUCGCUGGGAGUUGUUCCUGCGAUGGAGCAGCAGUGAUCGCAUAUGUAAAUAUUCCUGACCUGUCUUUUUACCAGUGGACAUUGUAUGAUUCCGACAUGCUGCCCUGCUGAACAGGACCGAGUGUAAGCAACCCUUUUGUGAGCAUAGUUGCUUAAUGCAGUCACUGGUGCAUCACGCAUGGGUUGUUGAAAUUCCGACACGCUGCCCUGCUGAACAGGACCGAGUGUAAGAUCAAUGACUUGGGUUUGCUGCAGUACUUGUGAGCAUAGUUGCUUAAUGCUCUAUUUAGUACUCCCUCCGUCCCAAAAUAUAAGAUCAUUUUUUUAUACUAAGAUAGUGUCAAAAAUGAUCUUAUAUUUUUGGAUGGAGUACCAUAUUAUUACUUGUAAUGUAGUUGGAAGUUUUGUGUUGUUGAAAUCUUUGAAAUACGCUGAAUACUCUUGGGUCAUCUCCGAAACAAGACCAAUUUUUCAUGUGUAUGUUUGUUACUACCUGCAAA